CCUCACCCGCAGAGACCGUGAGACUGUGAGGCCAGAGGAGAAGCUGAGAGAAUUAAAGAAGGUGAGACAGCAGGAAACAAUAAGGAGAGUAUAACAGUGUGCCAACGAAAGAGGGUGAGACAGGUGAAGGUCGAGGAGGAGGAGAGACGGAGACGCGUCGUCCUGCUGAUCAUCUUAAGGGCCUGUAGAACGUGCUGCUGAGAGCUUCGCCAUGGCAACCAAAAUAGUAACACAGCGUUGCCAGGAAGAGCAGAUGGACCAGAUGUCUCACAGCAUGGAGAUGUCCUCCCUGAUCAAGAAGAGAAAGUUCAAAUCCAGUGAUGAAAAGGCCUCCUUCAGUGAAUUCUAUCCCAUCAUUCCUGGUGAUGUCAUGUCUGUCAAGGAGAUCCUGACCGAGCCCAAGUUCCCUCGCCACAGGACAUGGGAGGCCCUGAGAGAGACCAUGUCCAGCGAUGAGCUGCAUGAGAGGGACCAGUGGACGCGGUUCGGCAACGAGGCUGAGAAACUGGAGAUCGGGGUGAUCAGAAACCAGCAUGUCGUCCGUGAACGGGUGGAUCGAUUCGCGCUGCGCCGGGAGGCCGAGAGAAAAGCUUCAGUGCACAUGAAGUUUCUCGAGGAUUUGAGCAUGAAGGCUCCUGAGUUCCCCGUCCCGCUGCGACCGCAUACAGUGUGGGCCGGCAUGGAUGUCAAGCUCUCCUGUACGGUUCAGGGCUGCCCGAUUCCCAGCAUCACAUGGUAUAAGGAUGAUGUUCCUCUCCGAGGGCCUCUGCCGUGGAACUACAAGCUGAUGCAGAAGUUCGGCCUCAACGUUCUAGAGAUCAGGAGAUGUUCUGCUGAAGAUGCUGGAGAAUACAAGGUUAUAGCGAAAAGUUCCUUGGGAGAGGCGACGUCCUGCGCCCGACUGAUAGUGAACUCACAUGAAGGGGCUGAGGCAAAACUGAAGCGCUCAUGGACUCCCAUUCCAGUUCCAGAGCCGGAUGCUCAGCUGGCCUCCACCUUUCUUCCAACAUUUGUGAAAGAGGGUGAAAACUUGGUUCUGCAAUGCAGCUUCACCUCAGCUUUACUGCCGUUCCAACAGGAUGUGACCUGGUACAGAAAUGGACUGGCCGUGCGCCAGUCGAGUCGCGUGGAGCUGCAGACGGGCCUGCGGUCUUCCAGUCUCACCCUGAAGUGUGUGCACAAGGAACAUGAAGGCCUGUACACUGUCCGUCUGCGCACCUGGGAUGGAUCCGUUGAGCACAGUGCCUUCGUCUAUGUCAAAGAUGGAUCUGCGGUUGUGGCCGGUGCUCCAGGUUCUCCUCUACAGGUGGAGUGUUCUGAUGUGAACCGAGAUUAUGUGUUCCUCUCGUGGAUGCCUCCCAGUGCAGAUGGAGCUGCUGCAGUUCAGGGUUACUUCAUAGAGAGGUGUGACAUCGGUCUUGGGAAGUGGGAACGCUGUAAUAAUGUCAUCCAGAGGGCAUGUCAGUAUCCUGUAAUGGGGCUGAAGGAAAACACAAUGUACCAGUUCCGAGUGUGUGCGGUCAACCAGGCAGGUGUGGGACGCCCGUCUAAACCCACUGACCCCAUCAUGACCUCUGACCCGCUGGAGCCCAGCAGGACUACGGUGGUGAAGGUGGAGCGCGGGAGAGAGAUUGUGAUCACUAAGGACCAGCUGGAGGGUCAAAUCCGAGUGCCGUUCCCCCCCACUGAUGUGCGAGUUUGUGAGCUCAGCGACACCUACGCCGUGCUGAGCUGGACUGAACCGGAUCCGCGGGGCAGAGAGCCUCUCACCUACUUCGUGGAGCGGUCCAUAACAGGAAAGGAGAGCUGGCACCUGGCUAGUAUGGAUAUGACGGUGCUGUCGACUAGAUUUGUUGCAUUUGACCAGCAGAAGGGGAAGUCGUACUCUUACCGUGUUCGUUCUGUCAACAAGUACGGAAUCAGCGAGCCGUCUCUUCCCAGCGAACCCAUCUCACUGGGACAACCACUAGGAGUUCCCGCCCCACCAAACGGCGUCCUGCCCAUCCGAGACACUAACAGCUCAGUCCUACUGCAGUGGAAGGAGCCCAAAAUAACAGAGGGUAUUCUGGGAUACUACCUGUACUGCAGUGAGGUUGGAAGUGGACAGUGGAAGACCAUCAACAAUAAGCCCAUCACCCAAACCAGGUUUAUAGUUCAUGGCCUGAAGACCAAUAAAGAGUACGUAUUCCGGGUGAAGUCUGUGGGACUGGCGGGAAACAGCAUCUACUCGGACGAGUCUCCUGCCAUUCAAGUCAAAUCAGCGAUAUAUGUUCCAUCCUGUCCAUCAGCCAUCACUGUGCUGCACUGCACCGGAGGAGAGAUGGUAAUUGGCUGGAGAGCCCCUGCCAAUCACGGAGGAGACCCUGUGCGUGGCUACUACCUGGACCAGAGGCAGAAAUCCCAGAGCACCUGGCGGGAGGUCAACGACAAGCCGAUUACAGAGAGGCUAUACAAGGUGACUGGCCUUCAGGAAGGGAGUUUUUAUCAGUUUCGUGUCUUCGCGGCCAACAUCAUUGGACUGGGCGACCCUUCUGAACCCAGUGAACUGCUUUUGUGUGAGCGCUGGACGAUGCCUGAGCCUGGUUGUCCAUAUGAUCUGGAAUUUAGAGAAGUGAGGUGCAGCUCUCUGGUGCUGCUGUGGGCGGAGCCUCUGUACAAGGGCCAAUCAGAGAUCAGUGGGUAUAUAGUGGAGAUGAGUAAGGGGGCGGGGUCUGAGGAUUGGACCCCUGUGACAAGUGAGCCGGUGACAGAAACUCACUUAAAGGUUUCAGGUCUGCAAGCAGGUCAGACGUACCGCCUCCGUGUGUCUGCCGUUAAUGACGCUGGAGUCGGCAUGUCUUCUGUGCCGUCUGAGCCAGUCAAAGCGCAGACUAAAGCAGGAACCAAAGAGAUUGAGAUCGGAGUUGAUAAUGAUGGCUUCAUCUUCCUGAGCUUUGAAGCUGCUGACAUGGCUGAUAGAGACGUCUUUAAGUGGAAUAAGAACUACGGAAAAGCUAUUGAUGCUGGACGAGCCCGCUUGGAGAACAAAAACAACAGGUCAGUUCUUACCUUCACGGACGCCUCGGAGCAGGAUUUGGGCCUUUACACAGUGGAGCUGAGCGGAAACCCUGACAUCUCCUCUAGCUUCACCUUCACUGCGGAUGAUCUGGAGAGGCUGACAGAACUCAGCUGGCAUGUCAGAAACCCGUUGAUCGCUCUGAGGUCUGAAGGCUGGCAGGUGGACGUGUCGGAGCAGGGAAGUGUCCGUCUGUGGCUGCAGACAGAAGCUCUCAGCAGUGCCGCGGUUCUUCGGCUCAUUCUCAAUGACGGAGAGAUCUCCAGCACACCGGCCCGUAAGAUUAACUUUGACAAGGCGCGAGGUCUGGUGGAGAUCCUGUUUGAUCAGCUCUCAAGAGAAGAUGAGGGCUCGUACACCGCGCAGCUCAAAGACGGCCGGGCCAAGAACCAGUUCACACUGGUGUUUGUGGAUAAGAAGUUUCAGGACACACUGGCCAAAUCUGAGGCCAACAGACGAAACUGGAAGAGAAAGGCGGGUCCCCAUUUCGAGGAGUUUUUGUCAUGGACAGUGACCUCCAAUUGUGAAAUGAUUAUAAAGUGCAAGGUCACUAAUGUGAACAAAGACACGCAUCUGAAGUGGUUUAAGGACGGAGUGGAGCUUCCUCAGGCCGUGUACGAGCCCUCGGGUGUCAGUACGUUCACUGUGCCACAGGUGACGAGGAAAGAGUUGGGUGUGUACAGGGCUGUAGUGAGCGACAGCAGAGGAGAAGAUGACAGUGUCCUGAAACUGAUCGAUGAUGAAUUUGAGCGUCUCAUGCAGCAGCUCAGUAAACAGUGCGCGCUCUCUGCUGGUCCAGUGUGGAUCCAGUGCACUGCUCAGGGCUUCAAGCUCUACUGCUCCCUCAAAUACUACCUGAGCUACAUGAAGACCAGCUGGUACUUCAAAGACAAGAGAAUUGACUUGGAGGAACGGACCAAGCCUGGCAGCAGCAUGCAGAAGGUUUGGAUUGAGAUAUUUGGCCCCACUGAAAGCGAUAAAGGGAAAUACACCCUGGAGAUGUUCGACGGCCAGGAAACACACACGCGCUCUCUGGAUCUGUCUGGACAAGCUUUUGCAGAUGCUUUGCUGGAAUACCAGAGGCUAAAGCAGGUGGAGUUUGCUGAGAAAAAUCGAGCCAGAGUCACGAAGGGUCUUCCUGAUGUGGUGGCCAUAAUGGAGAAUAAGUCUCUGUGUCUGACGUGUUUUGCCGAUGGAGACCCAGUGCCGGAAAUGUUCUGGCUGAAGAACGACAGGGAAAUCAUCUCCGCUGGCCAGUAUAACAUUAAGAACGAGAAUAAAUCCUCCACUCUCACUAUAAACCACGUGACCAUGGAGGACUCGGGCAACUAUUGCAUAUUUGUACGCAAUAAACACGGAUCGCAGACGGUUGUCGUGACCGUCAGUGUGUAUAAAAAAGGUGAAAAGCCUCGAGCAGAUGCAGUGCAACUGUAAAUGAGUAACACCAGGAAAAACUCAUCAGCGCACAUCUAUUUAUUUGCCACAUGAAUGAUGGGUGAAUCAUUUUUCAUUAAAGUCAGUAGUGAUUUGUAAGCUGGAAUCUUGUUUCUGCCAUGGAAUAAGGUAAUUUAGCUCUCAAUUUUGACUUUUUCACGCAAUUGCGAGUUUAUAUCUCACAAGUUGGACUCUAAAAGUUUAUAUCUUACAAUUCUGAGAAAUAAAAUCAGUUAAUAUAGAGAUUUUUCAUGCAAUUGCGAGUCUAUAACUCACAAUUCAGACUUUUUUUCUCCAACCCAAUCUCACGGUAAUUCGUACAUAUUUUAUGAGGUGGCUAAUUUGUACGAAUUCGUAUGACCUCGUACAAUUUCAUAUGUUUUUUGUUAAAUCUUUCGUAUUUUACAAGUUGCCGAAUUCGUAUGCAUUCGUACGAAUGACUUACCCCUAACCCCGCCCCUAAACCUACCCGUCACUGGGGUUUAGACAAAUCGUAUGAAUUCAAAUUUGUAUGAAUUAGCCUCCUCGUAAAAUACGUACGAAUUGGUCAUGAGAUAGCAUUGUUUUUACUUCCAGUCCUGAGAUAAACUCACAGUUUUAAGAAAAAAAAAGUCAAAAUUGAGAGCUAAAAGUUGAACAUUCGUAAAGACCCGCUCCCUUUAUUUACUGACAAGCCAUGCCGCUCUCACGCCACACAUAGUUUUCACGCCAUGAAAAAUACAUCACGAAGAGGAAACUGACAACACAUCCACAGACAAAACAGAACAAGUUACUUUUGAUAGGAAACAAAGUCUCAAAUUUUGUAAUUUUUAAAGAAAUUUAAACAAUAAUUGCCAUUUUGUGGCAUUUUGUUUAAUGUGUCGUGACAGAUCGCUGUAGCGCCUCAGCUCAAGGCUCGUGAACCGAUCAUCUCUUCCUAGUUCAAUUAUAGCAUCAAAUAAACAUGAAUGAACAUCAGAAGGAAUGUUUUUAACCACGGAAAGACGUCAGUACACAGUUUUGAAGUUCAAGUGCACCGACGUCAAUCUACUACGGCCCUGUCCCAAAUGGCACCCUAAACACUCACGGUCUUCCUACGAGUCCGCAUUUUCGUGACGUAAUGCCGCUUUGACUGUUGGGAAGAUGUCUGCUGGUCAAACCUAAAAUUGACAAACGGGACACCCUAAGGUCUCAUGGACUUAACGGACACGUGCAUGCGGCAGCCAUUGGAAGACCAAAAGUGCUAUGAAGUGUGCCAUUUGCCACAGGGCCUAACUCCCCUGACUGCUUUGUCGGGCAAAAUGGCGGAUUCGGCAUUAUGAUUGGUUAGAUCGCCUGUCAAUCAAACUCCUGGCGAAGGGUCACUUGCCUUAUUCAGAAUCAAGCUUCCAUAGAUUUUGCCUUAUCUACUUGGCAUGUGUUUGUUCAUUUUGGACCCUGUAUGAGAGAGUUAAUGGUGCUUCAGAAGACGAUGUGUUCUACAAGGCAUUGAAAACUGAUUUAUUUUGUUGCUUGUUUCCUCUGUCUUGUGCCACUUACAGAAUAAAGUUCAAAUUAAACCUG